UGGAUCGAACCAAAACAAUGCUGAAGCCUAGUUGACUUUAGUCAACCGCAAACAUUACUAUACCCCUCCCCUCCACAAACCCACUCAUAUCUCGACACCUCACGCCUUCAGAUACCGUGUGGGCUCGUAACUGGCUUCCUUGUCGACCUUCCGUGCACCUCACCGCAGGCAAGUCCAUCCUCUCCUUUUGUGCUUGCCUAUAUAAUUGUCGAAAGGAAUUGGAGAAGACGGAGAAGAACACACUAGAAAAGAGUACUCUGUUCCGUUGUUUCCAUGGCGUACAUCGAGAGAGGGGUUGUCAAGUCUAAGAAAUCAUUUUGGCGAGUAAGCACAUUCACGGAAGUCUUCUGGGCCGUUGUGAACUUCAUAAUGGAUUUUUUCGGAACACUUUUUUCGCUGGAGAAAUCUGAUGCUUACCGUAAAGGAUUGGGCCGAAGCAAGAAGUGGGAUGGUGGUUACCCGGGAGGAGGCCCAAAUGGUGGCGGCCCACGAAGGGCACCAGGCAGAAUGAACAAUUUCCGGGAAAUUGAUCAUGAUGCUCCUCCUGCAUGUGGUUCGUGCUGCGGAGGCUGAUAGCUUAACAGACUCCUCAAAUUACUGCUUCUGGAUUCAUUUAGACAUACAAAGUAGUAGUAAAAAAAAACGAAUGUAAAGAAGAUUUUAUUCUACAACUUGACGUUGGUUUUUAGUACAUGUACAUUUUCGAUGUCUAUAAAUGUUGCUUGAAAUACUUUCUGGUUUGUGUUCUGCUGAUGUUAGUAUAGUAUAUGGCGAAACCAUGUGAUAAUUCUGAAAAUUUUCGAUCAAGUAUGCAUUCCUUGCUAGAGGAUGACCGGAUUUAAUCUUCUGGGUAGCUGAAUUUAAAAUUUUUCUAUUCCAGAAUAAGUUUUCCUUUUUAUUUCAUUAUCUUUUUCCCUUUAUUUAAGAUACGAAUAUAUUAGUAUGACAUUUGUUAGAGAAAAAAAAAAAAAUAAAAGAUUGCCCCUUUCCUUUUCUAUCACUUUUUUUACUCCCAUAAGUCUUGUAUGAUCCGUCAAAAACAAUCUCAUUA